CACAAUUCCCUUCUAUAUUGUCUCCGGAUGCUAAUAAAUGAAAGGGAUUUCUUUGCUGUAAGCCUCUAACGGCAACCCAAAACCCUAGAAUCCAAAUAGUUACCGCUCAUUGAGCAAAAACCAGGAAACAUAGCUGCCCAAGAAUACGCCAAAAGAGAAUUGGAAUGAUGUUGGGCUUUUUGUUUUAUUUUGGAGAAGACAGUUGGAGACAAAAGGUUGCCACUGAGAACUAAAAAACAGUCAUCAUGUCUGUUGAUCCUACUGCACCCAUGACUUACGUGGAUGACGAUGCUUCUUCGGGUUCUGGGGAUGAGGGAAACAUGUUGGAUGGACACAACAAGCGUCAGUCGGUGACACCCUCAAGUGCUGGUCGUCGUAAGAGGAGUCGUAAGGCUACUGGUGAUGCUAUUGUUGAUGCUAUGCUUGAAAUUGCAGCUGCUUCCAAAAUGAGGGCCGCUGCAAUCAUGAAGAAUGAGGAUCGCUUUUCUAUAAGCAAAUGCAUCAAAGUCUUGGAUGAGAUGCAAGAUACUUCAGCUUGCAUGGACGACUUUGACUUAGAAUUGGACGAGAUGGAAUUAGUUGCUGCUGCUGCAGGCUACUACUAUUAUAACAGUAUAAACAGGCAGCCUCGUUGCAGUUCAUCACCUAGCGGAAGUGCCUUUAUGACUGAAGUGCUGGAUGGCCCUGAUGAUUUAUGCAGAGAAAUGUUUCGGAUGGAUAAACAUGUGUUUCACAAGUUAUGUACCACACUACGACAAAGAGCCAUGUUACGUGAUACUGCUGGAGUCAUGAUAGAGGAACAGCUCGCAAUUUUCUUAAAUGUCAUUGGUCAUAAUGAGCGUAACAGAGUAAUUCAAGAACGAUUUCAACAUUCAGGUGAAACUAUAAGUCGGCAUUUUAAUAAUGUAUUGAAGGCAAUUAAGUCACUUUCACGGGAAUUCCUUCAACCACCACCUCUCAACACUCCUCCAGAAAUUCUCAGUAGUAAUAGGUUUUACCCAUAUUUCAAGGACUGUAUUGGAGCCAUAGAUGGUAUGCAUAUCCCUGCACAUGUACCAGCCAAAGACCAAUCUCGAUUUCGUGAUAGAAAAGGUGUUCUGUCACAAAAUGUUUUGGCAGCAUGCACAUUUGACUUGCAGUUUAUAUUUAUUUAUCCUGGUUGGGAAGGUUCAGCUGCAGAUUCACGUGUGCUAAGAGCAGUCCUUGAUGAUCCAGAUCAGAAUUUUCCUCGCAUACCUGAAGGAAAAUUUUAUCUAGUCGACACAGGAUACUCAAAUAUGGAAGGAUUUAUUGCACCAUAUCUAGGAGUUCGCUAUCAUCUCCAUGAAUUUAGAGGUGCAAAUCAGUUACCCAGAAAUGCCAGAGAACUGUUCAACCACCGACAUUCGUCUCUAAGAAAUUUCAUCCAGAGGUCUUUCAAUGUGCUGAAAACUCGAUUUCCCAUCCUCAAACUUGCACCUCAAUAUGGUUUUCAUAUCCAAAGGGAUAUAGUAAUUGCUGCAUGUGUUUUGCACAAUUACAUCCGACGUGAGGACAGAAAUGAUUGGCUUUUUGAUAGUAUUGGCGGUGUGGCAUUGGAAGAACUUCCUGAUUUUGAUGAUCAACCUGAAAUGCAGUUGGCUUCGUCCAUUCAAGAGCAAAUUGCUUUCUCAUUACGAGAAUCAAUUGCUGCAGCAAUGUGGAAUGACUUCAUAAACAAAUGGGAUCAGUGGUGAAUGAUGGCACUAAUCUCCAAUCUGGGUAAACAUACUGUAUAGGUCAUGUUAUGCUGAUUAAUUUUAUGCUUAAGGGUUAUGGCUUUUAGGGGGAGAAUUGAUUGAAUGUGACAUUUUGUGGGAUCGAGUAGAAUUGACAUUUUGAAGCAAUAGCAUCUGUUUGACACGUGCAAGGAAUCAUUGCUUUGUGAAGUCGACCCAUAUAUCGAACUAGUUUACUAAGGCGCACAUCUUGCUAGUUUGUUUAUUAUUGUACCUAACAAUGAAAAUAACAAUUUUUAAGAUUUUUUAAUUUAAUGCAUAAAUUUAUUUUUCUA